AUGGUCUUCUCACGCCUUGCUACCCGCGCUGUGCGCCCUGCUGCCGCCUCGCUGCGUGCCUCUCCUCUUUCGUCGUCCCUCAGAUCUACCGGUGCCAUCCGUUCGCUAUCGGCCACUUCCCGCCAGAAUGGCAAGGUCUUGAUGGUGCUGUACGACGGCUUCGAGCACGCAAAGGAAGAGCCCCAAUUGCUCGGUACCACCGAGAACGAGCUCGGCCUGCGCAAGUGGAUCGAGGAGCAAGGCCACGAGCUCGUCACCACUUCGGACAAGGAGGGCGAGAACUCGACUUUUGACCAGCACCUCGUCGAUGCCGAGGUCAUCAUCACCACCCCCUUCCACCCUGGUUACCUGACCAAGGAGCGUCUGGCCAAGGCCAAGAAGCUCAAGAUUGCCGUUACUGCUGGUAUUGGCUCUGACCACGUCGACUUGGACGCUGCCAACAAGACCAACGGCGGCAUCACUGUUGCCGAGGUCACUGGCUCCAAUGUUGUGUCUGUUGCCGAGCACGUCGUCAUGACCAUGCUCGUCCUCGUCCGCAACUUUGUCCCCGCCCACGAGCAGAUUGCCGCCGGCGACUGGAACGUCGCUGCCGUGGCCAAGAACGAGUACGAUCUCGAGAACAAGGUCGUCGGUACCGUCGCCGUUGGCCGUAUCGGUGAGCGUGUGCUGCGUCGUCUGAAGGCAUUCGACUGCAAGGAGCUCCUCUACUACGACUACCAGCCCCUGUCGGCCGAGAAGGAGGCCGAGAUUGGCUGCCGUCGUGUCGACAGCCUCGAGGAGAUGCUCGCACAGUGUGAUGUCGUUACCAUCAACGCUCCCCUGCACGAAAAGACCCGUGGUCUGUUCAACAAGGAGCUGAUCUCCAAGAUGAAGAAGGGUAUGUUUUUUUCUGACCUCUUGACUUUUACCUUUCUCAUUGCUGACUCGCAUCUCUCAACAGGCUCAUGGCUCGUCAACACUGCCCGCGGCGCCAUCGUCGUCAAGGAAGACGUCGCCGCCGCCCUCAAGUCCGGCCAACUCCGCGGCUACGGAGGCGACGUCUGGUUCCCCCAACCCGCACCCGCUGACCACCCCCUGCGCACCGCCCAAUACACCCACUGGGGCGGCGGCAACGCCAUGGUCCCUCACAUGUCUGGCACCUCGAUCGAUGCCCAGAAGCGCUAUGCCGCCGGCACAAAGGCCAUCCUCGACUCUUACUUCUCCGGUCGCCACGAUUACCGCCCCGAAGACCUUAUUGUCAAGGGCGGUGACUACGCUACCAAGGCUUAUGGUGAGCGCAAGCAAGCUAGACAGAGCUCGUAG